CGCAGGCGCACAACCGCCUUUAGGGUCCGCCCUUUUUUGAGAUUUGAAUUUCCCCCAGCAAAGCAAGAGGGGCAAAAUACCCGGAUGGUGAUCGCUGGCCUUUUCGCGCCAAUACUGUAAGUUCUCGCAACAAUCUUCAGAGGUGGGUACAUCAUCCUGAUGUUCCAAAUCUUGCAGGAGCCAGUCUGGUCGUCGCCCCAAGCUCACUCCCAGACGGUGCAGGCUGUAAUGCGCUGCUUUCCGGGAUCUUGGAAUGACAACAGAUGGUUUUUCUAGUUUCUCUCGUUUUUAUUUGAUCUUUACAUUUAUCAGCCUCUAGGCAAAAUUUGGCUUUUCCCGCAACUAAAGUGUAGGUAACAAAGCACGGAGCGUUAACCUGGUGAUUGUGUCACCAGGGAAAUGACAUUUGAGAUCAUAUAGCUUUUCUUUUAGAUAGCCUGAAAGUUAGCUAAACUGCAAGUUACUGCAGAAUAACUCAUUUGAAAUUACUGUAGUUAUUCAACCUGCCCAUAGAUCCUGUAAUUUAACAUGUUAGUAAAGAAGCACGUUUAUUACUAUAUCAUACAUUAUCAAAAAUAUUUUAAUAACUAUCUUUAAACAUAUUAAGUUUGUGCUGUAAUUCUCUGUUUUAGUUUAUGGAUUUGGAAGCAUUUGUUUGAGGACGGGCCAAUGAGUCCUGUGACAUAGUCAAGGGACAAGAACCCUCACCUGUGUUUCUGUGCCACCAACUGCCCUAAGUGACCUUGGCCAUUCACACCACCUCUCUGGCCAAGUCCUUCCCCUCUCAAAUAAGGAAACUGAGCUGCAGGUUCCCAGCAGCCUUGCCCACAUGCAAGGAUUCUGUUCUCAGAGUUCAAGAAUUACCAUGGGUAGCUCCUUGGACAUCCAGGUGGCUCAGGUUGAGCUCUCCUGCUGGUGUCCCGUGGUACAGCCUUCAGACUGGCAUCCCCUUACCUGCAGAAAGGGAACAACAGUGGUCAGGGUAGUCACGGGCACAACAAGCAGUUGUCAUAAGGGAUACAGGUUAAAGAAGCCACCACUGUGACAGGCAACAGUGGCUCUUGCUUAAAUGCAUACAGACUGAGAAAGCAGAAGAGUUUAAGGAACGUAUCUUAACCCCUCAGCCUGGGGAUUAUCGGGUUUUACAGGACUUCCCACCGCAGCGAGCCCAGAACCAGACCAGGGGAAAGGAUGAUGCUGGUGAGCCCUUGGACCUUCAUGUGCUAGGCAGGGUAAACUGGGAAGAACUUUGAGAGUCAUGUCACAAGGGUCACAGCAGCUUAGGACUUAAGCCAUAAGAGACCUGCCCUGGCCUUCUUAGUGGACUUGGGAAGUUGGUUUGCUAACAUGUCGCUUUCAGCUUGCACAAGGGCUCAAGCAACCUCUGCCCAGCGGCUGGAGAGGAGUCCCUUUCAACGCCCUUCCUGCACCUCCUCUAGCAAGCGGACAGUGUUGGACUGCCUGUCCGCAGCUCUCCUCCAUGCUUGGCUGGUAGACAGGAGGGUCAGGCUAGCGCUGGUGGCCUGGGGCCCCAGAAGCCUGGCUCUUCACACCAGGGAUUCAGACCCUGGGUGGGGUCAGGGGAGGACCUGGAGACACCAGGUGAGGCCUCAGCUGGUGUCCCCGCUGGACUCGGGAGCUGAGUGGGGAAGUGCUGGUGCUGGAGAGGAAGUGAGAGCUGAGUUGAGGGCUUCAGCAGGCCACGCAGAGGAGGGCAGGAAGACAGACUAUGCCUGGGAACUCACAGGACUGUAUGAGCAUGGCACUUUGGUGUCUGGCCAAAAGGCUAGGGCAUGAUCACGUGUGAGCCGAGAGCCAGCCACUGAAGGGUGUUAAACAGGGGCAGUCCUCGAGGGGGCUGCUGGGGGCUGCUGUGUGCAGACCACGUGAGUGGUGGCGAGCCUGUAAGUGGGAACCCUGGGGGAAGGACAGCCCCCCGACUUAAAGACUCUUCCUUCACCAGAGGCUGCAACAGGGAGGUGCACGACAGUGGCACGGACUGAGAUGAGGGUCAGGACAAGGGCUUCAGUUCCUUCAUGGAAAUGCUGUUCCCCUUAACAACAGGCCUCCCGGAGGUGGGAGGGGAGUGAGAGGGUCACCAUGAGACCCAGCCAGCCACUUCCUGGAUCUUACAGGUGGGCCCCAGGGCCAGUCAGAGCAAUGAAAUGGCAAACAGGAUGAGGACAGAGGAGAGGUGCUAACUUUGUGCUUGAACUGAAAUUAGCAGGUCUUUGCUAAGCAUGGGAGGGAGGGCCCAAGAUCAGACCAGGCCCUGCCCUUUCAGGGCCUAAACCGCAGGAGGGGACAAGGGGCCUCAAAAAUAAACAGUGGUCUGCAUACCUAAGAACUCAUGUAGGUCACACAACAACUCUGCUAGGAUGUACAUCCCCAUUCUACAGGUAUGCAAACUGAGGCCCAGAAGGGUUAAGGCCCAAGAUCACAGGGUUAGUAGGUGGGGGAGCCAGGGUUUGACCACAGACAGUUCUUCUCAUCCCCACACCCGUGUGCUUGCCUGCCAGCUUGGCUUUGAGUCAUUUUCAGGGCACCGAACCUCUUCUCUUGUUAAUACAUUUCUUGGCAACGAGGCCCACUCAUGCCACAGCUGGCCCUGGAACAGUUGACAGUCCAUGAAAAGUCCACAUUGUUUUUGAAUUAUCUGUCUGCUUCCGUGACUUCAGGAAAUGGAAGGUUUUCGCGUGAGCCAAGGACAGAAGGAAGAAGGCAGAACGGGCCUCCACUGUGCCAACCAAUCAGCAGAACCGCUGCCUUCUUCGGGGCCGCUACCUCCACUGGGGCAAGGUCGCAGCAUCUGCGUCGGAAAUCACGGGGACUUCUUCCUGCUGGCUCAGCUGGGAGGCUGAGGAGUGUUUUGCAAAAAAAGAAAAAAAAAGAAACCGUUUAUCCGAAUUCUGAAAUAACAGCCAAGGCGGCUGCUUUGUGAAGCUCUCCAUCCUGGGGCCACACCUAGGGUUCCAGAUGAAGCCUGAGUCGGGGCAGGCCCUCUUCCACGUGGCCCUGGCCAGCUGCCUCUGCGUGGCCACCGUCCACACUGGUAUUUUUGAACGUGUCUUUGUCCAAGUGGGCUAUGAGCACUACGCGGAAGUCCCGGUCACCAGCCUCCCUGCCUUCCUGGCCAUGCCUUUCAACUCCCUCGUUAACAUGGGCUACGUUUUCCUGGGGGUAUACUGGCUACGGAGCCAGGCCUGUGCCCCAGGAGGCCUCGCAGAGAGGCAAAGGGCUCGCUACCUGAAGGACGUCUUCGCAGGCAUGGCCCUGGUCUAUGGCCCGGUCCAGUGGCUGCGCAUCGGAAUGCAGACCCGGCCCACUGCCGUGCUGGACCAGUGGCUCACCUUACCCAUCUUCGCAUGGCCAGUGGCCUGGUGCCUCUGCCUGGACAGGGGCUGGAAGCCCUGGCUUUUCCUGGCUGUCGAAGGCCUCUCCCUGUGCAGUUACAGCCUGGCCCUGCUGCACCCCCGUGGGUUUGAGUUGGCGCUGGGCCUGCACAUUGCAGCUGCUGUGGGCCAGGCCCUGCACACUCAGGGGUGCCACGGAAACGCUUCCUCGGGAACGUACUUGGCUCUGGGCGUGCUCUCCUGCCUCGGCUUUGUGGUCCUCAAGCUUUAUGACCAUGAGCUCGCGCAGUGGCGUCUCUUCCAGCAGCUCACAGGCCACUUCUGGUCCAAAGUCUGUGACGUGCUUCAGUUCCACUUUGCCUUCCUGUUCCUAACCCACUUACACACCUGCCGAAGGUGCCCGCCUACGGAGAAGAUGCGUCCAAGUGUGGGAAGAAGGGGCUUAUGACCACCAACCCCCUCCCCAAUAUCUACAUGCACUGACCGAUGGCAGUCAUCAGUGGUCAGUGUCCUGGGUGUGAUGACAGGGUGAUGACAAGGAAGGCUGUCCCUGCCUUUGAAGUUACAGGCUUCAGUAUUAUGAAUAUGAGCAUUCGAUUUUAUGAAAUGUUAUGCUUUCUGCAACUUACUUUCAAAGGCUUGGAGCAAAUAUCUAGGGGCCAAGGAUGUAGGGGUCAUUGUACUGGUCUUGUAAUUUUUCUGUGGUUUGAAACUUUUCAAAAUAAAAUGUUGGGGGGAAGUGACCCCCAAGAAAUCCAUCACA